AUGUCUGGGGUCAGCGGCACCUAUCGAGGCACGCCCAACCGGCGUGGUCAACUCCCAUUUGCAGACUCUCCUUCCGCAAUCCCUCGUCCCAAGCUGGAGUCUGCCAGUAAUUCUACGCCCCCCGAGAUGUCGGGCACCUCGACCGUGUCCGCAAGUCGGCAGAAACAGAGUAAGAGAGACGAAGUGCGUGAUGCCACCCAACCUGUUCAAGCCUUCCCUGUGCCUAACUCACAUGGCUGUUGCGUCCAGGCAAUCCGACGCAAGAUGGAAGCGGACCUCAGCAAGAAGAAGCACGCCCCCGCCCGCGCUCGACAUACCCGCAAGGCGCCACCGGGAACUGUCCUGGCCCUCAAACCCAGUCAGGCUUUACAGAUCAAGCCCUCCACCACCGUCGCCGAGGCUGCUCAGCUGAUGGCUGCCAAGAGAGAAGAUUGCGUUCUGGUUACAGAUGACGACGAUAGAAUCGCGGGUAUUUUCACGGCGAAGGAUCUGGCCUUCCGUGUUGUGGGCGCUGGCAUCAAAGCCAGUCAAGUCACCAUUGAACAGAUCAUGACCAAGAACCCGCUGUGCGCGAGAACGGACACGAGUGCUACCGACGCCUUGGAUCUCAUGGUCCGCAAAGGCUUCAGACAUCUGCCAGUUAUGGACGAGAACCAAGACAUCUCCGGCAUUCUCGAUAUCACAAAAUGCUUUUACGAAGCCAUGGAAAAGCUGGAGCGUGCAUACAGUUCAUCCCGCAAGCUGUACGAUGCCCUUGAAGGUGUACAGUCUGAACUGGGUUCCAGCCAGCCCCAACAAAUCAUUCAGUAUGUCGAGGCUUUGAGACAAAAGAUGUCGGGACCUACAUUGGAGUCCGUGCUGAAUGGGCUCCCUCCCACCACUGUCUCGGUCAGGACGUCGGUUAAAGAGGCGGCUCAGCUCAUGAAAGAAAAUCACACAACGGCCGUGCUGGUGCAGGAUCAAGGGUCCAUCACCGGUAUCUUCACGAGCAAGGACGUCGUGCUACGUGUCAUCGCCCCUGGCCUUGAUCCGUCGAAUUGCAGUGUGGUGAGGGUGAUGACCCCUCACCCGGAUUUCGCGCCUACAGACAUGAGCAUCCAGGCUGCUCUGCGCAAGAUGCAUGAUGGACAUUACCUCAAUCUCCCGGUCAUGAACGGUGAGGGUGAGAUCGUCGGCAUGGUCGACGUUCUCAAAUUGACAUAUGCCACCCUCGAACAGAUCAACACGAUGAAUUCUGGCGAAGCAGAAGGACCGGCAUGGAAUAAAUUUUGGCUAUCAAUGGACAAUGACACCGAAUCAAUCAUGUCCGGCGAAGGUAGCCAUCGCCCAACCACGCCUGGCCAUCGGUCAAUGAUGGAGUCGGAGCCGGGACGCCCUGGUUUUGAGAGAGGAGACAGCGUGAUGCCACACGACUCCGCCUCGCAUCGAGGCGACGAUGUUCACUCCGAGGUCCUUCCAUCUGUUGAAACGCCAGAGGAGACACCAUUCCCGUUCAAGUUCAAAGCCCCCAGCGGACGAGUUCAUCGGAUACAAGUCCUCGCUGGCAGCGGCCUGACUGAGCUGGUCAACCAGGUCACUGCCAAAUUAGGCAGUGAAGUGGAAUCGGUAGGCGGCGAAGCCACUGUCGAGGAGGGUGAAUUGGGCAAAGAAGGUUAUGCAUUGAGCUACCUGGACAAUGAAGGUGAUACCGUCUCGAUCACCACGGACCAAGAUCUCCUUGACGCAAUACUACUGGCCAGGCAAGGGAAGAGAGACAAGGUCGAUUUGUUUGUACAUGACCCUGCCCAACCGCCAAUUGCCACGACUAUCGACCCAAGGCCUCAACUUUCGAAACCGCCUACCCCUCCGGAAUCCAUACUCAAGGAGACGGUAAUCGAGGCGGCAGACGAGGGCGACGAAGAUGAGGAAGAGGAUGAAGCGGUUCCCAUUGCAAAGACGAUACGGUCGAAACGAGCGCCACCUGUUAUGCAACAGCGCAAGGAAGAGCAGCCCCAAGUUAUUGCCGGGGUACCGAAUGACCUGCUUCUUCCUGGCGCCAUUGUCACGCUUGCGGUUGUUAUUGUUGGCGUCUUUGCUAUUAGUCGCGCGACGGCGAAGUAA